CUGACGAGCGCGGCGGCGGCGGCGGCCGGGGGGCGGGGCGGAGCCGCGGGAGCCUCAGCCUCUCCAGGCCCCCGGCGCGGCCUCAUGCGGCGCCCUGGUGACACCUGAACUCCACCGAUCGCCGGCCGCCUGGGCACCGCCGCUCACCCGGCCGCCGCCCGUGGCGGUUGAAGUCGCGGUGGUGCGAGCCCGCGGCGGCUGCCGCCCAUGGAGAAGGCCGGGCGGGGCUGCGAUGGCGCCCCGCGGGGGCCCGUUCUGCACAUCGUGGUGGUCGGCUUUCACCACAAGAAGGGCUGCCAGGUUGAAUUCUCUUACCCGCCCCUGAUUCCAGGGGAUGGACACGACAGCCCCACCAUCCCUGAGGAAUGGAAGUACCUGCCCUUCCUGGCCUUACCCGACGGCGCACACAACUACCAGGAAGAUACUGUGUUUUUUCACUUGCCACCCAGAAAUGGAAAUGGAGCCACCGUCUAUGGCAUCUCUUGCUAUCGGCAGAUUGAAGCCAAGGCAUUGAAAGUCCGGCACGCAGAUGUCACCAGAGAGACCGUGCAGAAAAGCGUCUGUGUUCUCAGCAAGCUGCCUCUCUAUGGCUUGCUUCAAGCAAAACUUCAGCUCAUUACACAUGCAUAUUUUGAAGAGAAGGAUUUUUCCCAAAUUUCCAUUCUAAAGGAACUCUAUGAACAUAUGAAUAGUUCCUUGGGAGGAACGUCACUGGAGGGGUCCCAAGUGUAUCUUGGUCUGUCUCCUCGGGAUCUUGUGCUUCAUUUUCGACACAAGGUCUUAAUUCUGUUUAAAUUAAUUCUUCUUGAGAAAAAGGUUCUCUUUUAUAUUUCUCCAGUGAAUAAGCUGGUGGGUGCCCUGAUGACUGUGUUAUCCCUUUUUCCAGGCAUGAUCGAACAUGGUCUCAGGGACUGUUCUCAGUACAAACCUCGAAAGAGUAUGUCUGAAGAUGCUGGGCUUCAGGAAAACAACCCCCCUGCAGAUGAUUUUGUUUCUGUGUCUGCUCCUAACAUUGCAUGUACCACCUCGGAAACUGUCAAGAAAAUCCUGACAGGAAACCACGGUGGAGAUGCUGCCAUCACAGCGGAAGAGCCUUUGUUCCCAGUAGAAAACAGCAGCAAAGGGCAGGGACUCAGUGAGACCAGUCCGUAUUUGAAACCUCCUUCUCGUCCAUCUCCAGAGUCUUCAGAAAGCGACUGGGAGACCUUGGAUCCUAGUAUCUUAGAGGACCCCACCUCGAAGGAAAGGGACCAGCUGGGGUCAGAACAGACAAACUCAUUUCCCAGGGAGUCGGUGCCCUCAGACAGUGCUCCAAUUACUGUGCAACCUCAAGCUAAUAUGGGCCAGGUGGUCCUGCUCCCAGGGCUGAUUUCCGGUUUGGAAGAGGACCAGUAUGGCAUGCCCCUGGCCAUCUUCACAAAGGGAUAUCUGUGUUUGCCUUACAUGGCAUUGCAGCAGCAUCACCUUCUCUCAGAUGUCACCGUUCGGGGAUUUGUUGCUGGAGCUACUAACAUCCUUUUUCGACAACAGAAGCACCUCAGUGAUGCCAUCGUGGAAGUGGAAGAGGCGCUGAUCCAGGUCCAGGACCCCGAGCUGAGGAGGCUGCUCAGCCCCACCACGGCCGACCUCAGGUUCGCCGACUACCUGGUGAAGCACGUGACGGAGAACCGCGAGGACAUCUUCCUGGACGGCACGGGCUGGGAGGGGGGCGACGAGUGGAUCCGAGCGCAGUUCGCCGUCUACAUCCACGCGCUGCUGGCCGCCACGCUGCAGCUAGAUAAUGAAAAGGUGCUCGCGGACUACGGGACCGCCUUCGUGAUGGCGUGGAAGAACACUCACAACUACAGGGUCUGGAACAGCAACCGGCAUCCAGCGCUCGCGGAGAUAAAUCCGAACCACCCUUUCCAGGGCCAGUACUCGGUGUCAGACAUGAAGCUACGGUUCUCACAGCCAGUCCGUGGGAGGAGCUCUUUCCAGCGCCAAGACAGCCAUGUCCUCCUGGCUCUCCACCUUCACCAGCUCCACCCCCCAGAGCCUCCCGGAGCCGCCCGGCGGGAAGCCCUGAGCGCCCCGAGGCGGCUGGCGCUCCCUGAGUGUGAAGGGUCCCCUGUCCGUGUGCUGCUCCCAGGCUGUUCUCCAUCAGCCACAGGCCCACAGCCGGGGACCACACGUCGCACUGUUUACAUGGGUGGCCGUGGUCGCCCUCUGUCUGAAUGGAUGUCGCAGGAUGCUGAAAAGAUGCAAUCACAGCCACAGCGGGGAUGGCUCUCCAGGUUGGGGUUCGAAUCAACUCCUUUUAUUUCCGUCCGAGCCUGACCCAAACACGCCGUGUCCCUGCUAACGGUAUUUCCCCUUCUGACCGUGUACACUUGUUUACUUUAGGAAAGUUUUUACGUAUGUACAUUUUGUUCUGUUUCACUGUUUGAAUAGUUGGAUGAUCAUUGUAAUUUAUUAGUGUUAAAAUUGUUGUAAUAGUAUUUUAAUUUCUCUAAAGUUGGCCCUAAAAUAUGCUUAUAAAGUUAAGGGCCCGUACUCCCCAGCCCUUGGUUAUUAUUAUUUUUGCUGAGUUCUAUGAUGAUUUUUUUUUUUUUUUUGGUUGGUUUUCUACCGACACACUAUCAAUUCGCUUCCCCCCGGAAAGGUGGAAGUCCCGGGCGUGGGUUCUGAGGGUGCUUGUUGGCUUCCUGUGCGACGUGUUCUUCCCCAGCCCGAACCCCGGCGCGGAGGCCCAAGGAGUGCGUGUGCUCUUCUCUCCCGAUUGUGCAGGCAGCUGUGCAGAGGGACAGCAGGGUGACGGCCCCGCGGGGGUGGAGCCGUUGAACACGAAUCUGUCUUUAGGGCAAGACUUUAGAAAACCUAGGUAUUCGUUCUGUCGACUCUAGUCAUGUUGUAACCUCUUACAAGCGUUUUUAAUCCAAGGUUUGUGCCUUCUAUUUCUUCUUUCCAACAGUUUUCCAUUGGGUGUUUACAGACCUGACGUUUUUUCCUUCGUCUUAUUCUUCGUAAGCUUUUCGAGGCGCUUGGCUUUCCUACUUCCCUGGUGGGAAAUCCUGGAAUCAAGCCCAUCUAAAAGAAUUUUUUAAAAGGAAAGCAAGAUGACCUGUAAAUAGUAAAUAGAAAUCUCACCUUAGCUCACAUUUUAGGAAAGCAAGAAGCAGGGCAAGAAAACCACAGCCGUGACAUCAGUCCUGCUUCAUCAAAGGACACCUGGUUUCAUUUCAGACGUGCACGUAUGUGCCGUGUGCCGCAGAGUUUUACACACCUGGACUUCAUGUCUGCCACGCUCAGCUCUCGUUUGCUUUCCGUGGGGACAUGGGAUGGGUGUUCUCAGGGAGUACGUACAGGGGACAGAUUGCUUUCUCAGUAACAAAGGAUACUGGGAAAAUACAUAGUGAGCAUAACCUACAUCUGAUAUAAAGAGUAUUGGGGAAAGGAGGGGGCCUGAUGAAGGAUGGCACUCCGUUAUGUUUGACUUACCCCUUAGGAAAUGUUUAUGCCUUGUAAGUCCUCCUAGGGCAUGUGAAAUGGUCAUAGGACAUAAUCCGAAUGUCCCUAAAUUUUCCAGUUUGUGUUUCAACACAAGUUCAGCAAAUCUAAAAGCAUACUUCCAUUUGACAUGGGGUGAUGAACACACAAUGCAAUAUACAGGUGAUGUGUUAUAGAAUUGUACACUUGAAACCUAUAGAAUUUUAUUAACCAAUGUCACCCCAAUAAAUGCAAUAAAAAUUUAAAAAUAAAGUGUUUCAUUAAAAAAAAAUUUAGUGAUGAUAAUUUAAAGGGCUUAUUGUGAAAACUCCAUUAAUUCCACUUCUGCUAGGAAAGCUUACCCUCUCAGGAAAUAGUACAGAAGAGAAGUAAAACCAACAAACCCUUAAAAGGUACUUUAAUCAGCGUUGCGCUGAGACUAUGAAGAAUCCCUCCGCACGUCACAUCUUGUUUCACGAGGCUGCAUCAUUGGUUGGAGAGACAGGGUAUUAGUGCAGGCUUUUUCCCUCUCAACCAGAAACUCACCGGGAGGAGCCUCGCAGCCGCGGACUCAUCCUCACUGUAUCGUUUGUGUGAUUGGCGUCAGUUCCCACCUCUCACUCUUCAAAAGCGGCCAGCCACCUUCGGAAUCCCACUGAAAAACAGGUAGUCACAUGGAAUCUAACUUUGCUCUAGUACCACGUGUUCCCUCUUUGAUAUCCACCUUCAGUGAACUUUCUGUUAAUGCUUCCAGUUACGAGUUCAAAGUGGCCAUUUCACGAGCUUUCAACCUGAAAUGAAUACUGCGGAGGAUAGAACUGUUGUAGAAAUGGUCAAAAGACCGUCCUCUUUCCUUCAGGUUCUCGGGGGCACGGGGGUUUUCAGGGAGCGGGGGCUGUAUGUUGUGGGCAGGGGCCUGGGACAGCCAGCACGGCUGACGGCAGGGGGCCUGGCCACUCGUCCUGUGCUUGGGGCUCGGGCUGCAGGCUCCAGCCCAGACGCAGUGACCUCCCUUCAGUCACCGGCUCUGUGAGCCAUAGGAGCCGACACCAGGCCAUCUUUCGGACCUGUGGCUGGGAAGGGUGUGUGUUUGGGUUGGCCGUGCUUAAGAACCGAGUAUAUGUAAGGAGGCCCGAGGGAACUCGGCCAGCCAGGCCUGUGCCAGCUGUGCCAAGCACACAGGCUGCAUCUGUAGCUUGGUGGUGGCCUCACUGUCUAGGUGCCUGCAGAGUGGUGUUCGGGGAAAGUCCUGGCAUACUUUGGUUCCUGCGAGGCAGUGUGAUGGCAGUGACGUAGUCAGGGAAAAUACGAGUUAAAACGACUGUGUCUUGGACGAGGUGAACAGGGAAAGUUGCAUGAAAGGCUUAGAGUUACUUGGCAUUUGCAUUUGGUUCUUAUAACCAGUAUGGAUAGUCUGUUUCCAAAUCCAUUAGUGAUCUAUCAGCCCCACGCCUUAAAACAAUCCCCAUCUCCUUUUUGCUUUAAGAAACGUGGCAGCUGGUCAAGCUGGUGUGGCUCAGAGGUUGAGCAUAGACCUGUAAACCAGGAGGUCACGGUUGGAUUCCGGUCAGGGCACAUGCCCGGGUUGCCAGCUAGAUCCCCAGUAGGGAGCGUGCAGGAGGCAGCCAAUCAGUGAGUCUCUCAUCAUUGAUGUUUCUCUCCCUUCCUCUCUGAAACCAAUUAAAAUAUAUUUUAAAAAAGAAACAUGGCAGCAAUACCCUUGGGCAGCAAACCAGACUGUAUGGCGUGAUUUCCACAACCUUACCUUGCUUUCCGAGUUCUAUAUUAAGCGUUGAACUUUUUUUUUUGAGAAUAAUUUAGUUUGGAAAGGCUAGGAGAAAAGCAAAUUAGGAAGAGAGAGGAGAAGUGAGAAGUCUUUGCAAGGCUGAGGAGCAAGGUACUAAAACAUUUGGAUGGAAGUAUUUUGAGAGCAGUGUUUUCUAUGCUAAAUGUUACAAGAAUUCUUUUAUUGAGAAGUUAACACCUUAAUCUGCUGGUGACAAGUUUAAAAGGAAGCUGUAAGGUUAUCUUCCUGGCAGGCAGGUUUUGUGUUUAUUUUGUGGAAGUUACAGCCAGUGGCCCUGCUCCCUCCUGGCCGGGUGAUGCACGGAGGGGGUGGGGGGG